AUGGCGGCGGGUGGUCUCGCUGGUACGGCACAGCCCGCUUCAUCAUCGUUUCAUCCUCAAGCUGAAGAAGUAUAUCAGUUCAUUCUCGACCUAACAAUUUCAUCAAAGAGAGAAAGAGCUCUUCUUGAACUGAGUCGUCGACGUGAAAGUUUUCCUGAUCUCGCUCCUAUUUUGUGGCAUUCAUUCGGUGUUGUUACUUCUGUUAUUCAAGAAAUCAUCUCUAUUUACCCUCAGCUUUCUCCCCCCACUUUGACUUCUAUCGCGUCAAAUCGUGUUUGUAAUGCUCUCGCACUCUUGCAAUGUGUCGCCUCUCACCCAGAUACGAGGCACCAUUUCCUCAACGCGCACAUUCCGCUUUUUCUCUAUCCAUUUCUGAAUACCGUUUCCGUUUCUCGUCCGUUCGAGUAUUUACGGUUAACGAGUUUAGGCGUGAUCGGUGCCCUUGUCAAAGUCGAUGAUCAUGAAGUCAUCGGAUUUCUUCUUCAAACUGAAAUUAUUUCAUUAUGUUUGAGAAUCAUGGAAAUGGGAAGUGAAUUAUCGAAAACAGUUGCAACAUUUAUCGUGCAAAAAAUCUUGCUCGAUGAACUUGGCUUGCGCUACGUUUGUGCGACGGCAGAACGCUUUUACGCUCUUAGCAGCGUUUUGGGAGGAAUGGUUCAGAAUCUGAUUGAGCAACCCUCGCCUAGAUUGAUCAAACACAUCAUCAAGUGCUAUUUGCGGCUCGCCGAUAACCCGCGGGCAAGAGAGGCUCUGAAGAGGUGUUUGCCUGAAGCUCUCAGGCACAGUCUUCUACUUAAUAUCAUAAAAGAUGAUCCCACGACAAAACAAAAUAUCGCUACAUUAGUUGAUCUGGUUGACAACACGCCAGCUGGGCAGUUAUUUGAGAUCUCAUCUGCUACUGAUUUAUUGACACAAGCACAGAAACAACAGAAGCUUCAACAGCACCAAUUGCAGCAAACGUUCCAGGGAGUCAGUUUGGGAAGUACUCUGCAACCGAAUCAAACGGCUGCGUUCCAGCAACCAAGAUUGCAACAGACACUUCAAACGCAACCACUUUCAGGUCCCUCACUUUUGGGAGGAUCCAGUGGCCUCGACGGUGCGAUGCCUGGCCAAUAG